AUGUCAGGGAAUUACGAUUAUCCUCGUGCUUUUUCCUCUUCGUCCCGCCGUAUAUCCCGUACUACCAGGCCUGACGAACGCCCUGAGAUCCUCCGUCUCCAGCAUCUCCGCAAUUUCGUAUCGGAACGAAAUCGCUCCGGUGCCCACAACACCUAUAACGCCACCCUUGCCUUAGAAACAUUAAAUAGAGAAGUUGCCGAGCAUUCUCUGGACCGAGCUCGCGAUCGUACCAAUUUUGAGCAAGCCCGAGCCGACAUCGAUCGCCAGAUUCAACAACUACAGUCCGAGGCGGCUGGCCCCGCAGAGCGAAUACGGAGUAUUUUACGAGACCAGAUUCGCUCAGAAGGAGUUCAAACUUCGCUUUCACCAGAAUCGCAUAUCCUUCGGCAUCGCCUACCCUGGCAAGCGAUCAGACAACCAAGCCCGGACGGAUCUUUAUCCAGGUCACCGUCCCUCAUGCCACCAUCCGGCCAGUCGGGCCGUGAUGGCCAAGGACGGAUGAAGCGUCGGAAGCUAGACACGGACGACAAUCGCGAGGAAUUUCGAGGCUUCAAUUACGGUCAAUAUGGGCAAGUAGUGCCGGGGAUGCUACAAAUGGAAAUCGCCAGCUGCGACGGAGGGAACUACGAUCCGGAUAGCGGGUGUUCGCGUCCAGAGAACGUGCUGGACAACAAUACAAGUUUCUACUCUACCAAAGAGGCCCAUUGCAAUUUAGUCCUCUGCCAUCGAGGCGAGGCCCCGUUCUGCUUGAAGAAGCUCGUUAUCAGAGCCCCGAAAUGCGGGUUCGAUGCUCCAAUACAAGAAGGCAUGGUCUUUGUCGCCAUGACCUCUGAUGAACUGCUUGCCCGCACUGCCCAAUACCAAAUCCAAUACUCCAACGGCCGAUACCGCCGUCGAGGCCGCCGUAGUGGCAUGCAACCCUCCCAGGAAUACCUCACCGGGUUCCGACCACCACUCCAAAAUCUCGAACGCACAGUCCUCAUGAGCCCACAUUCAGCCGCGGUUCCGCAUACCGCAGAAGACCCGCAAGCGCAGUUUCGCAUUACCACCGAGUACGACGAGAAUAAUGAAGAUUCUGGAGAUGACGAAGACUGGCACUCUGCGUUGCUCGAGAGAACCCAGACCGAACAGACAGAAGAUCCUUUAUCGGAUACGGACGAGAGUCCAAGCGAUGAGGAGGACCCUUCAAGCAGACGUAAUCGGCGUCCUCCUCCCCCUCCUCCUCCGCCAGUUGAAUAUGAACGGCUGAAUGCUUUCAGCCGUAUCGGCGAGCAGAGACCGCGCCAUGGCCCUAGUCUCAUACAUCCAAACCCCCCAGUCGAGCCUGCUCAGCCAGUUGCCGAGGUUUUGAAGCCACAUGCGCGCUUCUUUAUCGAGCGAGAGAAGAGCAUGGUUACCAUCAAAUUUGAUCCGCCUCCAUCUGGGCGGUUCAUUCUCAUCAAGUUAUGGAGCCCACGGGCCCAUGGGAAUAUUGAUAUUGAAAGCAUCAUCGCACAUGGGUAUGCAGGCCCGCGAUUCUUCCCGAGUAUCGCUGCACGCUAG